AUGGCCUCCGCACCCGCUGUCCGUCCACCUCCCCAGCCCGCCUACCUCGCGUCCGCAAACUCACCCCUCAACCCUGACCGCGCCUUAUACGACCGCGUCGCCGCAACCUCCUCCCGCAUCCCCACCGCGUCCUUUACAAUCCCUCCGCGCUCUGGCCUCGCCUGGCACGUCCCCGCCGCCUACAUCUUCCGGCUCUCGCUGCCCGACGGCCCCCAAGUCGGCGACCUAAACCUCUGGUCCGCGUACAACCCGCGCGAGCGCUUCUGGGCGAGCCGGACGCGGCAGCUCGAAGCCUCGCACGUAAGCACUUACAACCGGCUCUGGUCCUGCCUGCCGUACCUGCGGCCGCUAUGCACCAUUGUGGCCGACAGUCUGGGGCCGCGGGUCGGGACGACGGAGUUUGGGGGCAAGUGCCAUGAUUUGCUGGGCACGCGGUGUGAUCCCUAUGUGAACAAGAUGCUCACAGAUGACGAGUUUGACUUCCAUUGCCACUCGAAUCUGGUGCGUGCGGUGCUGCCGCAUGGGCUUGGGGAGAUGGAUGUGCAUGAUGUGUUGAACGUGUUUCAGGUCACGGGGCUGAAUGGAGAGGGGAAGUAUUUCAUGGAGGCGUGUCCGGGGGUGAAGGGGGACUAUAUUGAGUUUUUUGCGGAGACGGAUCUGUUGUGUGCGCUGUCGACGUGUCCGGGGGGUGAUCUGUCGGCGUGGGGGUGGGCGGAGGGGAACUCUGGGGGAGAUGAUGGGGGAGAUGGGGAGGCGAAGAAGAAGAAGGGCAGGAUGGAGGACACGUGCAGGCCGAUCAAGGUCGAGGUGUGGAAGAUUGCUGAUGAGGUUAAAGAGGAGGUUCUGGAGGGAUGGAGCGAACCGAGGAGGCCGGAUUAUCGCGGUAUGCAUGGCAUGACGGUGCCUCAAGGGCAGAAUAUGGGACAAAGUGGGCCGUAG